AUGACGCUGUCGACGGCCUCUGCCGCUCCGGCGAGCACAUCACGUCGACGACACCGUGCGCACCCGCCAACUUCAUCCUCACGUUUGGCACGCGCAGUAUCCGCAUCCGCCCUCCUCCUUUCCGCCGCCGUACCUCUAGCGUCCGCAUCCAUCGCCAAUUUCCCCAGCAUCGACUUUGACCUUCUCGGGGCCGUCAGCAUCGCAGGCUCCUUUGCAGGCAUCGAGCUCUGGAACCAGACCGGCUCCUCUGCAAGCCCCAACGCCACCUACGAUUCAGCCGCAUCCUCCCUCCUCUCUCGCGCCAACAAUGGCAGCGUCACCUUUAUCAGCGCUACCGAACAGGGCGGCUCCAUCCGUGCCAUCUGCCAGAUGCAGUCCUCGCCCAACACCGUCUUUGUUGCAGGCAACUUUUUCUCGAUAGGCGGUACGUCUGUCAGCAACAUUGCUUCCUACAACCCCGCUUCCAACACUUUCGAUGACAUGGCUGGCGGUCUCGAUGGCACCGUUCGCACCCUCUUUUGCGACAACGACCACCAGCAGCUCAUCGUCGGCGGCUCCUUUUCCGGCCCCGUCAACGCCAAGACCGACCGAUAUCUCGGCAAUGUGGCACAAUGGGAUGUUGCAGCUUCUGCAUGGAGCCCCGUUGAUUUUGGAGGUCUCGAUGGCACCGUCAACACCAUCACAGCCGGCGGCAACAAUUCGCUCGUUCGGUUUGGUGGCAGCUUCGACACCCGCUUCGCCUCCAUGGGCGGACCCAAUGGCUCGUCUUCCGGCACUAAUACCUCAGCCUCCUCUCUCACAGCAGCCUUCACUCCUCUGUCUCUCGGCCAGGUCGAAUUUGUCGGUGGCCCCAGCUCCCGCGAUACCGGCUUCGACAAUCCAGCACAGAUCCUCUGCCCGCAAGGUCCCGAUGGCAGCGGCAACUCGUAUUUGUUCGAAGAUGGUGUCGACGGCCGUCUUACCGCUCGUGCCUUCCGCGCGCUCAACGUGCGUGCUAUUCGACUCGGCAACACUUUUGUCGACGGUCGUGGAACACGCACCUUUGGCAUCGUUUCGAUCCCGGACAAUACCGAGCUUGAGCUCAUCUACCUUGACCCCGCCACCAACCAAAAUGCCACCUGCAUCAACAACUGCACCCUAGCUCACGACCCUUCCAUCCCCUAUCAAGACUUUUUGAUCGCAGACACCCCCGCCAACAACGCGCCGGGCGGGGUCAAGCAGCUCACGGGCAUCCAAUUCACUGCCACCGAAUACUAUGGCGCCGGCGCCGGUCUUCAUGUCCUCGAGCUCCUCUCCGAAGGAGGCUGGGCCUACGCUUACAAUGCGCUUAACCGCGGCGGCUGCAACUCGAAUCAGAGCGGCGUCAACGGCACCGACUCGUCUGCCACCAACCAGGGCGGCUGGUACCCGAGCACCAUCAACACGCUUGCCGGCACCGUCGAGCCCGUGCUUGCCUACAGCGACUCGUACUCCAACCUGCGCUCCGCCUCGUCGUCGGCCACCGUCACCUUUUCCGUCGACAUUCCCUUCAACGGCAAUUACACCAUCUCCAUGUUUGUACCUGGAUGCCAGGCUAGCGGACAGUGCGGCGAGCGCACCGACGUGCAGGCCAACGUCUUCACUGUCCAAGGUUCCCAGGGCAACCUCACGCGCGUCUCCCAGACGAAUCAACAGGAUCGCACCGUUCAAAUCUACAGCGGCGAAGUCAACAAGGCUGCUGAGGGUUUCCAGCCCACCGUGGUGCUCUCGAUCCCUGCCGAUGCACCUGCGCCUUCGGGAGGAGGCGAAUUCACCGUCAUCGCCGAUAAGGUGAGCUUCCUGCUGCUCAACAGCAAUGAGACGCUCCAGAUGAGCCGAUCCAGCGGGUUCGGUCUGCUCGAGUACAACCUCUUUGACCCUGCCAUCACUGCACUCAACAGCAACGGCACCGGCAUCCUGCCCAACACCUCAAUGACCGACAUCGACACCUUUUCGGCGACGCUCUACUCCCAUGGCGUACGCAGCAAUGCUAGCGAUACCGCCAUCUCUGCCAUCGCCUCCGUCGGUUCGCACACCUUUGUCGGCGGCUCCUUUACGUCAAGUGGGAACGUCAGCUUUGCCAACAUUGCCGGCUUUUCCUCGGACUCAGCCGGCAGAUCACCCAUUCAAAUCGCCAACGGAGGUCUCAACGGUCCCGUCGAAGCGCUUGCCGGCCUCGGAAGUGCACUCUUCGUUGGAGGCAGCUUCACCAGUACUGCCGACAGCGCCGUAACAGCUUCUUACAUUGUGCGCUACGACCCGGAUGCAAACGCGUGGACUGCGCUCGGCGGAGGUCCAGAUGGCGCCGUUUCGGACAUCUAUCCGUUGGGCCCUGACGCCAUCCUUGUCGCUGGCUCGUUUGCGACCGUCAACGGCACUGGUCAGAGUGGCGGCUACGCGGUCUGGAACACCACCGCCAACAGCUGGCAGACCCAAUCCAGCUUUGUGUCGGCAGAAAUGACGGCCGCCUUUGCCGACUAUGCCGCAAGCACCCAGCAGAGCUUCCUUGCAGGUAGCGUCCGUGCGCUGAGUCUCCAGGCUGCUUCGGGAGCUGCACAGAUGCGGGCUCCCGACACCUCGGGUAGUUUGCCCAUCAUCGAGUCGCUCAACUUCCAAUUUGCCUCGCAAUCCUCCUCCUCCGCAUCGGCAUCGUCGUCCGCCAGCCUCGCACGCAGGCUGAGUGCCAAGGUUGUUCAACAGCAGCAACAACAACUGCAACAGCAGAACGACGUGCAGCCACGCACUGCCCCGUCUUCUGGUCUCGGUUCCAAGCUGCGCUCGCUUCUUCCAAGACCGGCGUCGAGUAGCGGUAAGCUAGACGCGUCGUCGUCGCAACUGCCUUCGUUGCUCAAGCGCGCAGCUGUCAUGACACCCGCCUCGCUCACAUCGAGCGGACAGAACGAGAUCCUCGCCAGCGCCUUCUGGCAACGCGACGACGGCUCCUUUGUCAACAUUCUCGGUGGCAACUUUACCACCACCGCUGGCAUCCGCAAUCUGGCCUUCUACGACGAUUCGUCCAACACGGCGUCGGCCUUUCCUGCGCCACCCUCUUCUUCCUCGCUCAGCCAGCAACCGUCCGCAGCAAUUCGUUCUUUGCUCGUCGACGGCGACAUGCUGUACAUCGGCGGCGACAGUGGCUUCGAGGCUUACGAUCUCAAGAAGGCCAGCUGGGUCACCAGCUCUGCGCCGCUCUCAGCCGGCUCUGGACAGGUGCUCUCGGUGACCUCGAUCGACCACCGACCCGAUUCGACGCAGCUCAUCGUGGCCGGCAGCUUUGCGUCCGCCGGAUCAUUGCCGUGCCAAAACGUUUGUCUCUGGGACACCAACGGCAUGCGCUGGAGUCCACUGAGCGCAGGCUUCAGCGGCCAGAUCUCGGCGCUCGACUUUGCCGGCAGCAAGGCGAAUCAGCUCAUUCUGGCUGGCUCGAUGACAGUCAACGGAGCUGAGGCCUCGCUGGUCAGCUACAACUUUGACACGCAGACAUGGAACAGCUUGGGCACCGUCGGCAGCGGCUCGAACCAGAUUCCCGGGCCAGCGACGGCGGUCAGCGUCGACGACCUCAACGUCAAUGCCAUCUUUGUUGCCGGCCGCACUGCCGAUGGAAGUGCGCCUUACUUGGUCAGGUGGGACGGCUCGCAGUACACGGCAGUCGGCGAGGGUCAGUUCCUGCCGGCCACGGGCAUCUCGCAAUUGACAUUUGUGCCCAUUUCAAGAGCGCAUCCGAGCAACCAGAUCUUGGAGGACAACCGAUUGCUGGUCGUGAGCGGUGCUUUGACCACGCAGGACUAUGGCAACAUCUCGAGCGUGUUCUUCGACGGACAGAGCUACUCUCCGUUCCUGGUCGCAACCAACCUGGAUGGCUCUUCGGGCAUCGUGCGCGCAUUUAGCCGAUCCACCGAGGUGCUGCGUUUCCCCAACCUGCAUCACCUGGCUGUGGGUCUCGUGAUCCUGAUCUCGAUCGCGAUCGGCCUUGGGAUUGUGUUUUUGCUGGUGCUGCUCGGCCUCAUCUGGGCAGUGGCAAGGAGACGACCCGAGCCGCGCGACUUGGACGUGCCCCUUUCGGCGAGCGAGGAUUCGCUGGGUGUUGGCGAGAAGAAGCGACCUUCGAGCUUACUGGCGACGCUGAAUGCAGCUACAGAAAAUGCCAUGCUCGGCGAUCACGGUGCUGCUGCUGCCACGGGUGUGGGUGCAGGAGCUGCUGGCGCUGGUGCAGCCGCCGUCGCAGCAGGCCAUCGCCGACAAGACUCGCAGCAGGCCGACACGAGCGGCGAAGCGGGCAUGUCCAACUACCACAGCGACGAUGGUCGUGCAGGACAGAGCGCACAGACGCACUACGCGACCGACGAAGGUGGAUUCUCAGAGGCGGAUGCGGAAGCGGGCAUGGUAGGUGGAGCCUCCAUGGCAGCGGCGGCGAUUGGUGCUGGUGACGACGACUCGCCGAUGGAGGGCAUCCCGGCACACGCUCGCUACGACUUUGUGCCCAACCACGAAUCCGAAUUGCCGUUGACGGCGGGCGAGCCCAUCGAGAUUCUCGAUGACCAGGAUCGUCACUGGUGGCUUGCAAGGAAUACGCGCGGCCAGACCGGUGUGGUUCCGAGCGCCUACGUCAUGUGA